ACUGCCUGCUGCUUUCUAGGAGAACUGAGGUACCUGGAUCAAAGCUGUCAAGCCCAUGCUGUACAGAAUGCAACAGCAACAGCAGCAACGUCGAAUGCUCACAGCUGCCCUCCUGGCACUUAUUUUCAUUCUGGCAGCUGUGAGUACCACUGAGGGCAAAAAAGAGAAACCAGAGAAAAAGGCAAAGAAAUCUGACUGUGGGGAAUGGCAGUGGAGUGUCUGUGUACCCACCAAUGGUGACUGUGGCCUGGGAACACGAGAGGGCACUCGCACUGGAGCUGAGUGCAAGCAAACCACCAAGACUCAGAAGUGUAAGAUUCCUUGCAACUGGAAAAAGCAAUUUGGAGCGGAAUGCAAAUACCAGUUCCAGGCCUGGGGAGAAUGUGACUUGAAUACAGCCUUGAAGACUCGAACUGGGAACCUAAAGAGAGCCCUCCAUAAUGCUGACUGCCAGAAAACUGUCACAAUCUCAAAGCCCUGUGGGAAGCUUACCAAACCUAAACCUCAAGAAUCCAAGAAGAAGAAAAAGGAAGGCAAGAAACAAGAGAAAAUGCUGGAUUAAUGGAACCAACUUGGGCAAUAUGAGAAAGAGGCAUCAGCAAACUGACCAGUUAACAGUUUCAUUUAUAUCUAGGCAUUGUAUCUUAAAUUUAUUUAUAGCUUAAUGGUAUCAUAGAAUGAAACAAACACAGACUUUUUUUUUUUAAUUACUUUAGUAUUUUUAAUGUAUAACCCUAACAACCAUUUUUAGAGGCCUAUAAUAAAGGGCUCCAAACUCAUUUAGAAAAUUAUGUCUAUUGUAUAUCAAACAAUAUAGACAUUUCAAAUGUAUUUUUUUCCCAAGUCUUGCCAUAGGUCUCAAUCUGAUAAUUACACCAUGCAAGCAGAAUCUGAAUCUCUGUGGCGCUCCACUGAGGCCAGUGGUGCUCUGUGUGAAUACAGUCUGUCUGGAUGCAAUUAUAUUUAAGACUGGGAUCUUGUAUCUAAAAAACCCAGACUUGUCUCUUAAGUUCUUAUUACAUCUGAAUAACUGUAUGAAUUUAAUUUGUCUAAGGAAAGGAUGGGGGCAUGUUAUUAAGUAUUUACAUGCAUAGAAUUUCUUUGGAUGAGUGGUGAAUCCAAAAUGCCACCAUCAUCAGGUAAAAAAUAGUGGCACAUCUAUC